AUGACUGAAAACAAAGAAGAAGAGAAUAAGGAGAAAGAGGAGAAGGAGGAAGAAGAGAAGAAGAAGGUGGACAAGGAGGAAGAGGAGAAGAUAGAAGAGGAGAAGGUGGAAGAAGAGAAGGGGGAAAAAGAGAAGGAGAAAAAGAAAGAGGAGAAGGAGGAAGAGGAGAAGGAGGAAGAGGAGAAGGAGGAAGAGGAGAAGGAGGUAGAGCAGAAGGAAGAAGAGGGAGGAAGAUAUGGUAAAGGAAUACAACAAGUAGAGAAACAAUACAGUGAUGGAGAAAAAGGAGCAAGAGCAAAAUUAAAAGAAGGAAGAGGAAUAAUAGAAGAUCAUGGAAACAGGGAAGGAAGAGAGGUAAAUAAAGAAUAG